GUUACUGCAAGACAAUUUUUUCGUAAAAUUAUACUUUCUAAUCGAAAUAAUGUACUAAAUGAAAUGAUGGACAACAACAAUAAAUAAUGCUUUGAUAUUAUUUGCGAUUUCUUCAUCAGAAACUUGGUCCUUGGGUUUUCAACAUGUCGUCAGAGCACGUCUCCCGUGUGCGUCAGCUUUACAAGCUGAUCUUCCGCGUGCACCGUGCGUUGCCCGCCGAACUCCGUGUGUUGGGGGACAACUAUGCUAGGGACGAGUUCAAGAGACACAAGGAAUGUGGUCCGGAGGAGGCGAGGAUAUUUCUUAAUGAGUGGACGGACUAUGCGAUAAACCUAGCGAAGCAGAUGAAGCCACUGCAGCAAGCGAAGCGGAAAGAAGUAGGCAGAUACUUAGAUCCGAAACUCCUCGACCACAUGAGUGACGAGCAGCUGUGCCAACUGUACGAACUGCACAAAGCGGCUUCGACAGCGGAGGAUAGUGGAAGUAAGGAAAAGUAGUUGGGGAAUACCACAAGAAUGACCCUUAAGAAAUUCAUCUAAUUUUACUGACACAGUAUAAUAAAGAGUACUAUCGUACAGUAUGGCCACUCCCGCUCUCCGCUGAAAGUGCCGCCCACCCCCUCUCGGUUACACAGUUACCGCCUGUCAAAAAUGCGAACA